AUGUCCUCUGACGCGCCGGACGUACACGAGGCGUUGCCGGCAGCCGUCGUCGAGGCGCGCGUGCUCUCGCAAGCCGACGCCGAUGCGUCCGUCGAGGCGCUGCAGCGCACACCAGCGCGGUCUGGCCCGUCCGCGCCCUCCGCACCUGGCGACGCCGGCGCCGACGCAGCGCGCGCCGGGCAGAACCCGCGCUUCGAGCGCUUCGAGGCGGCAUUGACCAAAUUCCUGCAGCUCAUCGACCACAAGGCGACCGAGGCGGCCGUGCGCUCGACGCUGCCGCACAUGGACGCCAAGCUGCUCGAGGCGGCUCGCGCGGGCUUCAUCGGCGAGCUCAAGGCACGCAUCCUGGAGUCCUCUGCGCUCGUCGCCGCCGAGUACCAGCUGGAACCACGGCUGCUGGAGCUGCAGCAGCUCGUCGAAGAGGCGGAUGAGCGGCUGCAGAACGGGGUGGUGCCGGGCGCAGAGGAGGCAAAGGACGUGUGGCGGCCGGACCUCGACAUCGAGACGGCCGUCUCGGCACGCUCGGUCGCAGCGCAGCGCGAAAAUGUCGCGUCGCUCGAGGCGGAGCUCGCCGAGCUCGAGGCCGAGAACCGAGCAGCGGCCGGCGCGCUCAAACACACACUGGCGCAGGCCGACGGGCGGCAAGGCGCCGCGCGCGAGAUGCUGACGGUGCUUGAAGAGUCGAUUGCCGGGCUCGAGCCAGACGCCGAGACCGAGACGCAGAUGCGCGCCGUCGUGGAGGCGCUGCUCGCCGAGCUUGGACCCCGGACGGCCGGCGCGCCGCCAUAG